AUGGCCGCGGUCUCCAUCGCGACAUCCAUUGUGACAUUUAUCGACUUCACUGUCAAAGUCGUACUCCUCGGCCACGAUGUUCAUCAGGCAGGCACCACCAUCGGCGUUUCAGAGAUCGAGCACAGAGCGCAGGAACUCAAAUCCUGGGUCAAUGGUUUGCGUGCGCCGAUCAGUGGUCGUAAGGACUCACUCAAGGAUGAAUAUGAGGCCCUCGACCGCAUCAUUGCGGGCUGCUCUGAAGUUGGAACGGAAAUUAUCCGAUAUCUCGAGGACCUCAUCCCAAAAGCGAAUAAACGAUCUGCAUGGAAAAGUUUCCACAUUGCGCUUCGGACUAUCCUGAAGAAAGAGGAAAUCGAAGGGCUUAUCAGAAGGCUUGAAGGUUAUCAACAAGACCUCUCGUUACGCCUCCUUGCCCUGCUCAACGCGAAGACGGAUGUACACUCGUCAGAAGUGACUCAGCGCCUUGAUAGUCUCGAGACGGCGAGCAAGCGCAUCGUACAGAUCUUGACGUUCACACAAAGUUCCUCAGGAUCAUCGGCAUCGACUCGCGAUCUUACGAGGAAUCCCAGCGGGAAUACUAGAACAGAGAAAGUGCUCCGCGUUAUUCUGGGGCUUGAAGACGGCACCACACUGUCAGUCGCCGACCAGAACCUCGCACUUGCCGGCCAAGAAGACUCGGCCCCUAGCAACUCAAUCGAGCGUGUGAUAACGUUUAGAGAUCAGUCCAACACACAACUCGUGGAGAAUGUCUCCAACGAGCAGUUCUCGCCACUUUCGACGAAAGCUUUGGCCGCGCUACAUUAUCGUGGGCUACAAAGCAGAUUCAGCGAUACAGCGAUGGCCCAUCAUGACACAUACGAAUGGAUCUUCAAAGCACCCGAGCGAGAUCGUCGUUGGUCGGAUUUCACGGAGUGGCUCAGUAGUGACAACAGUCUAUACUGGAUCUCAGGAAAGGCCGGGAGCGGGAAAUCUACGUUGAUGAAGUACAUCUGCUCACACCCUGAAACGACUCAGCUCCUUGAUCUGUGGAGAGAUGGCUCUACGUUACUACAGGCCAGUUUCUUCUUCUGGGCGGCUGGACGUACCCUGCAAUCAUCGCACGAAGGCUUAUUACGAGGCCUGUUGUACACGCUUCUUGCGCAAUGUCCACGGCUCAUACCGUCCGUUUUUCCCGGGAUCUGCACAGAGAUUGUUGCAGGACGUGAGUUGGAUCUCUCCUGGACGCUUUCAGAGCUUAUAGGAGCACUUCAUUUGCUUGUCGAGAACUCCCAAGGCCUCAGAAUUUGCCUUUUCGUUGAUGGACUGGACGAGUACUCUGGAGUUCACGACGAACUCGUUGGUGUUUUCAAAACGCUAUCUUCCUACGAUAACGUGAAGCUGGUGCUGUCUAGCCGACCCUUGGUAGAAUUUAAUGACGCCUUCGACGGUAUGCCUCAUCUUCGGCUACACGACCUGACGUAUCAAGACAUGACAAAAUUUGUUUCUGAUAGACUGGAUAACUCUCGGGGUUUAAAAGAAAUGGAAGAGUUGAAUGCAGAGCUUCGAUCAACUUUAGUGCGCGGCCUAUGCGACAUGUCAGCCGGCGUUUUUCUCUGGGUGGUGUUAGCGCUUCGUUCGAUUCUAGAAGGACUACAGAAUGGUGAGACGGUAUCUACGUUGCAACGCAAACUCGACUCGCUCCCCCCGGACCUUCACGAAAUGUAUAAGCGCAUGUUCAAGUCGCUAAACCCAGCAACGCAAAGGAGUACGGCUCGCAUGAUUCUCAUAAUGUUGAGAAGCAAAGAAGUGCAAGAUUCCGAGCCAAUGAGCCUUCUUCAACUAGCUCUAAUCGACAAUGAGGAUACUACAUCUGAAAAGGCUAUCACCGAGGAAUUGCGAAUCAUGCCACCCAACAAGCGACGAUCGCUAUGCUUGUGGAUGAAAAGAAGGAUCAAUAGCCAUACGAAAGGUUUGCUUGAAGUCACAAACGAAGACAAUAUCGCUGAACGAGGCUCGUCUGCUGUGGAGGCAUGGGUCGAAUUCUACCACAAGACUGCGAUCGACUUCUUUCGCUCUGAUGAGACAUGGAACCUACUGAAGGAACAGGCUGGCACUGGCUUUAAUAUCGACCUCACUCUACUUGUUUCAAGCCUUCUCGAGAUGAAGGCAUUGCCUUCGGAAAGAACGAUCGUAGCGAGCACCGACCGUUCUGUUGCGAACUUGCGACAAGGACUCAUAUUUGCCGGCUUUCUGGAAGAUCGCAACCUCCGUCUCUACACGGCGUUGUUAGAUAAUAUGGAAAAGACUAUGAAGCUUCACUGGAAAAAGGCGACGAUGUUCAAAAUGCGAGCGUCAGACGACGAAUGGCGCGCAACGACGGAUAUGACUUUCGAACGAUUCGUCUUUAAACAGGCUAAUCGAAGGAUAUUCGAGCGUCAUGAUACCCGUCAGCAUCUUUUCUUCUUGAGUCUUGCCAUGGAAUAUGGCGCACAUCGCUAUUUCGCCGACAUAUCCUCGUGGGAAGAAUCCGUCACAGCCCAACAAAGAACUUCGCUGACCCGUGCACUCCUGGUGUACUACAUGACAAGGGAACCUAUUCUAGACUGCCCAUCAAGUACGGAAGCGGUUAGUGAGAUUGUCCAAAGACUUCAUGUGGGCGCAGAAAUCUUUCGAUACAUGGAUGUAUACCAUUGCUGGGAUUCAUUCGCCAGUUACCUAUCUUCCGCGGACCAAACAGGAUUGCGGUCUGACAAUGCGAGCAUGGUGGAUCUUUAUCUCGCUUUCCUCAACGAUCGCAAAUUCCAAAAGCAUCCUGAGAGGACUGCUCGGGGUGUCCAAUAUUUGCUCCGAGAAUGCCAAUCGAGAGUUAUAGCCGCAAAUCCAUCCGGCGCAAAAGGCGAUAGCACCCAGCAAGAUCUAGACAAGCUCAACGCGAAGUAUGACAAGGCCCAGACUGUACUCACCAAAUGGAAGAAGCAAUACGGUGAAACUUGGCUCCAGUUCAUUCUCCCUAGGAUACUCCCUAUAAUACUCUUGUCGCUGUUUGUCCUAAGUAGCAACCUAUUAUUCUACGGUUCGCUCGGUGGCGCGAGCACAAUUCGAAACCAUUAG